CCGACAAAAGCACGAGGCCCCGCGGCCGUUUGCUAUGCAAUUUGCAGCUUGCGACACAUCUAAUGCUCGCUAGGCACUGUGUCCUGAGGGUGCCCUCAAGCUGCUGCCGGCCGCAGAGGCGGGCCCUGCUCACCACGCGAACAGCGAUGGCGGAGCACACGAACGGCAACGGAGCCAAGGAGGCUGCGGCGGCGGCGGACCAACCAACCGCCACGGGGCCGCGCAACGUGCUGGGCGGGCCGUUGGGCUGCUGCUGCUCCAGCCCGUACAAAACCGGUUACUUUCGUGACGGUUUCUGCCGUACGGACGAGUCGGACUUCGGGCGACACGUGGUAUGCGCGCAGGUGACGGAGGACUUUCUGCUGUACACGCGCGGGCUCGGCAACGACCUCAUGACACCUGCGCCCUGGUACAACUUCCCCGGCCUCAAGCCCGGGGACAAGUGGUGCUUGUGCGCUGUGCGGUGGCGCGAGGCGAUGCAGGUGGGCAAGGCGCCGCCGGUGUUCCUCAAAUGCACACACGCCAAGGCCCUGGAAUACGUGGCGCUGGAGGACCUGAAGCGAUUCGCGCUCGACCUGGAUGAAUGCGGCGCCGCCGGCAACUAACUUGCUAGCUAGCAUUAGCCAGCUAGCUAGCAUUAGCAAGCUAGCUAGCAUUAGCCAGCUAGCGUCAGCCAGGUAGCUAGGUGGCGCUCGCCAGCGCGUGUACACGACCGAAUGGCUUGUACGCCGUUUGUGCAUUUGGUGGUACGGAGCGGGUCGAUGGCGCGGCCAAAUGUAUUUGUUUGGAGUCUUCUCAUAUGGUUGCUUACGCAAUGCUCGGGAGGUGGGCGUGACAUAUCAUAUAAAACACUCCGAUACGCCUGCCUGGUGCGGUGCGGUUGUAUACGCUGCUGCUGGAGCGGAGUGCGCGGUGCUUCCAGCAUGCUCCACAGAGGUAACAAGCAGGCACAGGCAGGCACAGGCAGCUCGAGGUCGAUGCUGUUUAUUCUGGAGCGGAGUGCGCGGCGAAGCUGUGUAGGCUUUGCCUUAAGGGCGGGCGCGGGGCAGGACAGGAGCCGUGCAUGGAGAACCGAGUGGCUAAAUCGUACGUUUGAACUGCCGCUGUCAGGGGAAGGGGAUACUACCUAGCAACGCUGACAUGUAUGGACGCGAAGGCAGUAGCACUGUCGCAAGGGGACAAUGUGGCGAGUGAUGAGGUGAGAUAUAGAGGCUGGAGAGGGAGAAUGCAGGCGAAGAGGUGGGCGGGUACGUGUGGGAGGCGCCAUGCCAGUUUUAACUUUGGGGCAGGCGGCGGGGAAUGUCAGGCAGGGGACCAGGGCACGGGACCAGGGGUAGCAGAGGCUAUUACCCUACUGAUCAUUGGGCCCAAGAUGGGGUGACGAGUUAGCUAUAUUGAAGGACUUCACAGUGCAACUAUACAU